ACGCGCACAACAUCCCUUUCAAACAAAACAAUUGUUUAAUAAAAACAAUUAACGCAUUCGAUAGUCGAUAAAUAAGUUAAUAGUUUUGUUUCUCGUCUAAUCUAGGCGACCGUUUUUGUGAUAAGCGCGGUGUGUGUGUGUGUAAAGAAUUGCAUUGAAAAGUUCAAAGUGCUUUUUGUUGAGGAUACGGUUGCACGAUGAAGUUCAAAUGAUAAGGUAAAUAAUAAUGGCGUGACGGAAAACGAAAAUGGCCGCCGUAUCCGCCCAUAUGCAGGAUAUCAAGAUCCAAGACCAGAGCGAUGACGAUCCAUACUCUCCGAACACGAGGGACACGACCAGUCCAGAGUGCCACGACGAUGAGAAAUCGGAAGACAUAAGCAUCCGCUCAUCCUCUUUCUCCAUCCAUAACGUGCUUAAGAAAGAGCGGGACAACAGCAGCCCUGACAAUGUCUUUUCGACGGACAAGCUCUUGGAGAAUACACCGAAUUUCGAUGAUAGAAACACAGAGAGUGUAAGUCCCGUUGUUGAAGUGAAUGAAAGAGAAAUAAGCGUGGACGAUGGUAAUUCUUGCUGUAGCGACGACACCGUGUUGUCAGUUGGAAACGAGGCACCCGUAUCCAACUACGAAGAGAAAACCAGUCAGAAUACCCACCAAGAACUGACCUCCUUCAAACACAUACAAACACACUUGAGCGCCAUAUCGCAGCUGAGCCAAAACAUGAAUGUGGCCCAACCGCUGCUAUUACGGCCAAGCCCAAUCAACCCAAACCCAAUAAUGUUCCUAAACCAACCGCUUCUGUUCCAAAGUCCGAUCUUGAGCCAAGACUUAAAAGGUAUGCCCAACAGGCAAACAGCCAACGUGAUCAGUCCAACGUUUGGCUUAAAUUUCGGUAUGAGAUUGAAGGCCAAUCAUGAAACACGAACGAGGUCUGAUGAGAAUCGGUAUUCGAAGCCGGAAGAAUCUAGAGAUUACAUCAAUCAGAACUGCCUUAAGUUUAGUAUAGAUAAUAUUUUAAAAGCUGACUUCGGAAGGAGGAUCACCGAUCCUUUGCACAAAAGGAAAGUGAAGACGAGAUACGAGGCUAAACCUGCUCCAGCAAAAGAUACUGCGGCUUUUGCUCCGAAGCUGGACGAAGCGAGGGUACCUGACAUCAAAACACCAGACAAGGCCGGAGCCAUCGACCUUUCUAAAGACGAUAGCGGAAGCAAUUCUGGAUCAACCUCCGGUGCAACUUCAGGCGACAGUCCGAUGGUGUGGCCCGCGUGGGUGUACUGUACGAGGUACAGCGAUCGACCCAGUUCCGGAAGAAGUAAGUACGGGUCCCGCUCAGGGCUGCCACGUCCUCGCACCAGACGACCGAAGAAGCCGCCCGGAGACACCGCCAGCAAUGACGAGAAGAGACCAAGGACCGCAUUCUCCGGGCCACAACUCGCGAGGCUAAAGCACGAGUUCGCAGAGAACCGGUAUCUGACAGAGCGGCGGCGGCAGAGCCUCGCAGCGGAGCUGGGCCUCGCCGAGGCGCAGAUCAAGAUCUGGUUCCAGAACAAACGGGCCAAGAUCAAGAAGGCGUCGGGCCAGAGGAACCCGCUGGCGCUGCAGCUCAUGGUCCAGGGUCUCUACAACCACAGCACCGUGCCGCUGACAAAGGAAGAAGAGGAAUUAGAGAUGAAAGCGAGAGAAAGAGAGAGAGAGCUGAAGAAUAGAUGUUAAAACGGCUUUCAGUAAGAGUGGUAAUGUGUUCUUGACAAUAUUCCUAAAACUUACCUUAAAAUCUAAAACUUACUCUUUUACUGGUGGUAGGACGUCUUGUGAGUCCGCGCGGAUAGGUA